AUGGGUUGGUUCGACGGCUGGUUCGGCCCCAGCGCCUCGUCCGACGACCCUCUCCAGUCCCUCGACCCCAAGCUCCGCGAAUACCUCGAGCGCGAAUCCCCCGUAAAGAUCCAGAACCAGCAGAUCCAAGAAGCCGAGAAAAAGGCCAUACGAAUCGCCGCACAAGCAGCUGCGACGGCAGAAGCGCGCGCCCACGCCCAAGCACAAGCACAGUCACAAGAUGCCGCGGAACAGCCCAAAGUGCCGAAAGAGAGCCUCUUCCAGGACGGGCGGUACGCGCACCUGUGGAAGACGUACCGGCCCUACGCCGAGAUCGAGGCCGAGACGAAGACGGAUCACGAGAAGCUCAUGGACGUGCUGGACGGGUUCAAGCAGCGGAAGCACGACAUUGGCAGGGCGGCGCUCGAGAACUGCGCGAUUCAGCAGGAGGAGUGGGUGAACUGCAUGAAGAGCGGCGACUGGGAGGAUAGGAUGCAGAUGUGCAGGCGUCAGGUGCAAAAGUUUGAGAGGUGUUAUACCAUGCAAACGAGAUUCCUCAAGGCCCUAGGCUACCAAUCCAUUGCCGGCCGAUCAGCCCAGGUGGAAGAAGACAUCCAGAUGCACGCAGACCAGCUCUACGGGCGCAUGAUUGAGCAAGAACAAGCCAUGGAGGCCGCCAAGAAGGAAGGCCUCCCCGCGCCCAAGUUCGACUUUUCGAUACCCACGGCCGCACCGGCCGCGACCGCGCACACGCCGAGGCCGGACUUGGAGACGUCGUGGAAGGAGAAGCUGGAGCAGCUGCCCGAGUCGGAGAGGGCGGCCGAGGAGGCGGCGCUGCGGGCGGAUUUCCAGGCCAAUGUCGAGGUGGCCAAGAACGUGCAGAAGCUGUGGGACGAGCAGGAGAAGGAGAAGGAGAGGCGCAAGGCGGAGGGCAAGGCUACGAUUGUGGAUCGUAUCUCGGGGACGUUUGGCGGGGGGAAGUAA